CCUUACAUGGCUGUCGAUUGCUACCAGCAACAAGAAGGAGAUGAUGGGCAAGGGAGGAAGCUUCGACUCUCUGUUGGGCCAAAGCCAGCUCAAAUGAGGAAUAACAACUUGAUCCACACCUGUGAUGCUCUGCAGAGGCGUAUGUGCGAUGCUGCUCAUUCAAUUCCGUCUACAUGCCAUACUGAUGGGAGUGGAGAUAAUACUCUGCCUAGUAAACCAAUGACUGAAGUCACUAAUGCCAUUUCAAGUGUAAUCAGAAGAAGACCGUGCCAGGUGUUGUAUGGUGGCUUAUCAGACCAGAAAGUGAAUGAUCUUUGUGAGUUUCUUGAUAAUCACGCUGCUGGUUACCAUGGUUUGCCUCUUCUGGAUUAUCUCUCUGGUAAUGGAUACAUACCUCCCAAGACACCUAAAAAGGAAGUUCUAUCAACGUACUUUAGCCUGUGUACAAAGCACAACAUUCCUGACCAGGACGCUGUUCAAUAUCUGAAACGGGUCUUCCAUGAACUCAAUUUCACAAGAGCAGCAGAGAUAAUAGAAACAGGUGGUGAAAGAGCAGAUGCUGAAUCAAUCCCGCAGUUUCUUGACAAUGAGUCACUGACGAAAGGAGAUGCUGAGAUAUGUCUUAGAGAUUUAGCAAAACAGCUAGGUCCAGAGUGGGAAGACUUAGCAACCUAUUUAGGCAUCAUAUAUAGUGAACUUACUGCAGUGAGAAGCGAGGGUGCUAGGAGAGUCAACAGCCAGAUAUUCCACAUGCUAGUCAUGUGGAUGCAGAGAUUUGGUCUAUUUGGAGAGGCGGCUUUCAACACUUUGUCAUCUAACUUGCAGAAGGUUGAAAGGAAUGAUCUGGUUGAGUUGUUGAAGGGAAAGGUAGCAAGCAUACUGUUCUUUAACAGACAAACAACAGACAAUUGUUAAAAAAAGGUAAACAAAGGUUCCAGCUCUUGAGUGUUUGUGGUCAUGUGUCUUUGUCACUGCUGAUGUACGUGGAGUAAUGCAAAAAAAACUGCUCCUACCAAUUUAAGAAAAAAGGAACAAAUAAAAGCUGUGUUGUUACUAUUUUUCAA